CCAUUAGUUUCGACUACCUUGUAUCUGUCAAUUCAAUGUCUGUUGAUAAAACAAACGAAGUGGUAAUAGAAGAUAUCACCCACUCUGACUCCCUUGGGAACCAACCCCAUCUUGAUCAUUAUAUUUACAAUGCCGAAGAGAGGAAGGCAAGAUUGACCAAACCACACUGGAAAGAUAUCAUGUCCAUUGUCUGUGCUGGGUUUGCUUUGAUCUCAGAUGGCUAUCAGAAUAAUGUUCUCACUAUGGUUAAUCAGGUAUUGACCCAAGAAUUUCCUAAAGAGUAUACAGCAGACAUGAAAACGAAUGUUUCCAAUGCUGGGUUGAUCACCACCAUUUUUGGCCAAGUGAUCAUUGGGAUUUACGCUGAUUACAUUGGUAGAAAGAAUGCUAUUGUUGUGGCUACAGUGUUUUUGGUUGUGGGUACUUGUCUUUGUGCUGCAUCUCAUGGCAAUUCAGUCAACGGUUUAUUGUGGAUGUUAAUCAUCUCCAGAGGUGUGACUGGUUUCGGGAUUGGUGCUGAGUAUCCCAGUUGUUCUGUUAGUGCUAAUGAGGCUGCCAAUGAAUCUGUCAAGAAAAGAGGUGGUAUCUUUGUGUUGGUCACCAAUCUUCCAUUAUCAUUGGGUGGUCCAUUUGCUUUAAUUAUCUUCUUGAUUGUUUACCAGAUCACUAGUCAUUAUGAAGGCAUUUGGAGAACCAUGUUUGCCAUUGGUGCUUUCUGGCCAUUGUCUGUUUUCUACUUUAGAAUGAAAAUGGCAACGUCCGAAUUGUACAAAAAAUCUGCCAUCAAGAAAAAUAUCCCUUACUGGUUGGCGAUUAAAUUUUACUGGAAAAGAUUGAUCGGAACCUGUGUAUGUUGGUUCUUGUAUGAUUUUGUUACUUUCCCUAAUGGUAUUUUUUCGGCAGGAAUUAUUUCCUCAAUCCUUAUAGGUCCUGAUGCUUCUAAUUUAGAAAAGAUUGCUGAAUGGACCUUGUUGUUGGGUUCUAUCGCUAUUCCUGGUUGUUUUAUAGGGGCAUACCUCUGUGACGUGAUUGGCAGAAAGUACACUUUAAUGACUGGCUUCCUCGGUUACAUUGUCUUCGGUUUGAUUGUGGGUAUUGGAUACGAUAAAAUCUCAAAGAUUGUUCCUUUAUUCGUUGUGUUUUACGGUCUCAUGCAAUCUUGUGGAAACUUGGGUCCUGGUAACAUGUUGGGGUUGAUUUCUUCUGAAUGUUAUGCUACUCCCGUUAGAGGUACAUUCUAUGGAUUCUCUGCUGCCAUCGGUAAGGUCGGUGCAGUGGUUGGAACUAAGACAUUUACCCCAAUUCAGAACAAUGUACAUUUGGGUAAGAAAUGGACGUUUAUAAUCGCCGCUAUUUGUGGGUUGGUUGGUGUCGUAUGUGCCUUUGUAUUUGUGCCUCAUUUGAAGGAAGAUGAUUUAUUGGAAGAAGAUAUCAAAUUUAAGAACUACUUGCGUGAUAACGGUUGGACCGGUGACUUUGGAAACGGUGAACAAGUUGAUGAUUACGAUGCGGCAAGUAGCGAAAGUGCUUUAUCCAACAAAAUCUGAGUUAUCAUUAUACGCAGCGUCUAGUUUAUAGAUUUAAUCAGUAAUUUACCACAAACCCCCAGGGUAAUUUUAUAUUGCGCGAAUGGUUCAAUGAACAUUUCAUAUCUAUCUACACAAUGACCCAGGAAGAUUUUGCUGAAGCGUAUAAACAGUUGAAUGAGGCUGAACUUCAAGCAUCCAAACUAGAAAAGAUGUUAGAUAACUUGGAUGCCAAAAUGGAUGAGAUACUAAAGGAGGCCGAAGAUAUCACCAAACCGAGUGCUGAAACCUCAGAGGAAGUUUCCCAAACCCCCCACAAGAAAGAUUAGUGCUUCUAUUACAAUAUUUUAUCUAUCUAACUAUUCAAAAGGGCUUUUUGGAUAAACUCUGGUUCUUCAGUUUUUUUGAAAGGAUUCUUUGGACAUCUGGGAUUUAUAACCAUAUUAGUUUUGUUCAAUUCCUGUAUUGUCACUUUAGCAGGUAAUCCCCCAACUAACCACCAUUUAUUAGAGUCUGAUGAUGGUGGAGGCAAGACAUUAGCAUCCAAAUCAACUAGAUAUGUCAAAUUAUUGUUGUUGAUGAAUAAAUCAUUAAUUUCCCCGAACUUUGUUAUAUAAUUAUCGUAGAUUUCGGAACUCAAAUUCUUCUUCACCGUUUCAUUUUCGAUAUUAAUCUUAAUCUUGAAAUUUGCCAAAACUGGCCUGUGAUCUGAGAAGAUUAUAUCUUCAACACAAUCAUACAAGACCGGUUUUAUCAAAUUGGGUCGGCUCAUAUAGAGAAUCCUAUCUGUCCAAGCCGGAAUUCUUUGCUUUUCGCUUGUAUCAUACUCUUUGGUAUUAUUGUCAAACUUGUAAGUGGGAGGAAACCUGAUUUCAGGCUCAUCAAAAAAUGGGAAACUUUCACCGUUGGCCAUCUGGAGGUUCAAUUGGUCAAACUCAAACAAUUUAGCAUAGUCUUUUUGCUCAAUUAAUAG